UGUCCGCGGCCGGAAGAGCCUGCUGGGUCCACGCAGCGCAGCCACCAUCGCCGCCAUGGUCCGGGGACCUCAGGCGGUCAGGGCUGCCCUUCGCACUGCCUGAGCGUCCGCGCCUCGGGGUCGGACCUGUGCGCAGCCUUGACGAGAUGCUGUUGGCUGCUGUCUCGUUGGGUCUCCUGUUGCUGGCCUUCCUCCUGCUCCUGCGACACCUAGGCUGGGGCUUGGUGGCUAUUUGUUGGUUUGAGUUCGUGCAGCAGCCAGUCCACAACCUGCUCAUGGGUGGCACAAAGGAGCAGCGGAUCCUGCGCCAUGUGCAGCAACACGCAAAGCCUGGAGACCCCCAGAGCGUCCUGGAGGCCAUUGACACCUACUGCUCACAGAAGGAGUGGGCCAUGAACGUGGGUGACGCAAAAGGCCAAAUCAUGGAUGCAGUGAUUCGGGAGUACAGGCCCUCGCUGGUGCUGGAGCUAGGAGCUUACUGUGGCUACUCAGCAGUGCGAAUGGCCCGCCUGCUGCCACCUGGAGCCAGGCUUCUCACCAUGGAGAUUAACCCUGACUACGCUGCCAUCACCCAGCAAAUGCUGGACUUCGCAGGCCUACAGGACAAAGUUACCAUCCUCAUCGGGGCAUCCCAGGACCUUAUCCCCCAGCUGAAGAAGAAGUACGAUGUGGACACGUUAGACAUGGUCUUUCUUGACCACUGGAAAGACCGCUACCUUCCAGACACACUUCUCCUGGAGGAAUGUGGCCUGCUGCGCAAGGGGACGGUGCUCCUAGCUGACAAUGUUAUUGUCCCGGGAACCCCUGACUUCCUGGCGUAUGUGAGGGGGAGCAGCAGCUUCGAGUGCACACACUACAGCUCAUACCUGGAGUACAUGAAAGUGGUGGACGGCCUGGAGAAGGCAGUCUACCAGGGUCCAAGCAGCAGCCCUGUGAAGUCCUGACCACGCAGCCUGACGAGCUUCCCUCCCAGCUCCCUUCUGCACGAUGACACACACUCACUCUGACCCCCUCAAUGCUUCUGGGGCCUGUCCUCAGGGGCUGUGGCUCCAGAUUGUCACACACUGGCACAUUAAAGGUAGUGAGCUCACCAUGCAAACCACUACAAUAACCCUGGAAAGCACCUGUGCAUCAAAGGCUGCAUUGAGGCCAGAGAUGCAGUAGAUCACAGUGCAUGCCUGGCACGCAAAAGCCCUCAAGGUGAAUCCUCUGCACCCAAGAACAAAAAGGGAGAUUUAAAAAAAAAAAAAAAUCAAAGCAGGUGUCAUCCUGAUGGCCUCACUAACUGGAAGAGGAGAUUUUUUUACAAGGUUUCAGUGUGGGAUCCCUAGGCACUGCCAUCACUCAGCAAGAAGUCAGGAAACUGAACAUAUCCAGAUACCAUUCGGCUGUCACCAAUGGCAGCAACGACUCAGACGGUACUGUCACCAGCAACUCAUACCACAUUUCAUCUUAAGAAUGAGUCACAAACUUUUCAGGUAUGAUGGUGCAUGCCUUUAAUCCCAGAAUCCAGGAGGCAGAGGCAGAUGGAUCUGAGUUCUGUGCCAGCCUGGUCUACACAGUGAGUUCCAGGACAGCCAGGGCUACAUAGAAAUACUUUGAAAAAAAAAAAAAGUCAUAACCUCUUUUAUAUUAUAAAAGAAAUUAAAGAUCUAAAUAUUUGGAUAUAA